UCCGUUUUCGCAGAGAGAGAGAGAGAGAGAGAGAGAGAGAGAGAGAGCGAGCGAGAGAGAUGUCGUACCUUUUGCCGCACCUGCACUCAGGGUGGGCGGUGGAUCAGGCGAUCCUGGCGGAGGAGGAGCGCUUGGUCGUCAUCCGCUUCGGCCAUGACUGGGACGAGACCUGCAUGCAGAUGGAUGAAGUGCUGGCUUCUGUUGCAGAAACCAUAAAGAACUUUGCAGUGAUCUACCUGGUUGAUAUCACCGAGGUGCCGGACUUCAAUACCAUGUACGAGCUGUAUGAUCCCUCGACCGUGAUGUUCUUCUUCAGGAACAAGCAUAUUAUGAUCGAUCUCGGGACAGGGAACAACAACAAGAUUAAUUGGGCCCUCAAGGAUAAGCAGGAAUUCAUCGACAUCGUGGAGACUGUGUACAGGGGUGCAAGGAAAGGCCGUGGUCUGGUGAUUGCUCCAAAAGACUACUCCACCAAGUAUCGCUACUGAUGGAUAUAUAUUACUUCCUUGUAACUAAACAUUGCAUUAAGGUAAUGUUGCAAUGACGGUAAUGCUGCAAUGCUCAUGUCUGGUCCUCGAAAUUAUUAUGAAUAUUUAUUCUGGUUCCAAAACUUGAGAUGUUGGAGGAUAAUUUUUUAAUGAAUGCUGUAUUGGAACUCA